AUGUCAAAGAAUAUGGCAACAAGAGGAGAUCCUUCGGGGUUGAAGAAUCGCAAUGUCUCCAGACAGACAGUGCCAGCUCGACGUGGAGGCGAGUCACAAAAUCAAGGCAGCAGGAUGACGCAUUCUCCGACCCCAAGCGCUGCUAUAUCGGUGCGGAGUUCCAAUAUGCGAUUACACCUCAUUACCCCAACAGACAAAGUUGUUGUUGGUUUAGACUAUGGAACUACAUUCACAUCUGUCUCUUACAGCAUUGUUCCAAUCAACUGUGGUAAUAUGAAAGGCUCUGCUAAUGAUAUCUUGAGUGUGAUCAACUGGCCAAGCGACGGAGAAGAUGGCCAGAGGAAGCAAGUUCCAACAGAGAGUUGGUACUCACCAGAGCCGGUCGAGCGGCAUCGGAACGAUGAAGAUCAGAUAUUUGAUGAGAAUCUAUUCGAUUUAUCUCAAGGACAACAUCCAUUGCUUCUUGGUGGAGUAGGUGGAGACACCAUCAAUGAGCCCGAAGAUUCGGAAAUGGAAGAUGAACUUUCUGUCGAUUUUCUUUGGGGGUACAGCGUACCAUAUCAAAUGUACAAGGCAAAUUCAACACGAAGUCAGAGACGUCUCGUGAAGAGAGCUAAACUCAUGUUGGUGGAAACCGAGUACACUAAUGAAGAUCGAAAGGGUCUUCGAAGCACAUUAACUGGCCUUCUCAAGGAAGGCAUCAUACGAAGACACGGUAUACGAUCCAAAACCGAAUCUGAUAUGUGGGAUGCUGUUGAUCCAAUCUCAGAUUAUAUCGUGAAGGUAUUACAGCAUACCAAAGAACAAUUGAAAAAACUUCAUGGGUUCACUGAUAAAACCCCUGUGGAUUUCGUCAUGACUGUACCUACUGUCUGGUCCCCAGAAGCUUCCCGUGUACUUCAAACGUCUGUCAAGACAGCCAUUCAGGCGACCACCUUCGGAAAUCCUUGGAGAACAACUGCGGACAAUCUUUUCCUCAUCUCUGAGCCUGAAGCUGCCGCUACGUUCCUCUUGGAAAGUUCAGAGGAUAUUUCUCUUGGUGAGACUUUCAUUAUCGCUGACUGCGGCGGUGGAACUGUCGAUGUCGUCACAUAUGGAGUCAGCAAUCGGUAUCCGCUACGUCUGCAGGACGAAAAAAUCCAGCCUAUAGGGGAUAAUUGCGGUUCCAGCUAUCUUAAUGACAAUUAUAAAGACAUGUUACUUAAUCGCCUCCAAGACGAAGAUUAUCUCUUCAGGAAUGGCGAUAACCUUGAGUCGAUCGUCAAUCGAUUGAUACCAGACUUUGAGAAUGAAUACAAGAGACGAGUUAAUGUCAUGAAAAGGUGUGGUCACAGGGUUUAUAUAGCUGGCUUGCGCGGUGAUGAACAAAUGAAUCGCGUUGGUCUAGCGGAAAAGCGUUUCGAGGCUAAUUAUUUACACAUGACUUUGAGUGAUUAUAAAAAAAUCUUCUUUCCUCUUCUUAAACGUAUCUCAAAUUUGCUGGAGAACCAGAUUCGACAAGCUGUAGAAAAAAAACUUGUGGUCAAGAAAGUAUUCCUCGUUGGUGGCUUUGGUGGUUCUUCCUUGAGAAGUUAUCUCAAGCACUGGCUUGCAGACGAAUCUGCGAAACUUAAAUUAAAUAUCGAAUUGGUAGCAGAUAGGCACAAAUGCAUUACAGCUGUAGCAUCGGGUGCUGUUCUUCGUGCUCUUGAUAAGAAAAAUGGGCCCCAAAGAAUUUCCCAAUCAAGCUAUGGUUUCCUCCGCCAUGAGCCAUGGCAACCUCGAACAUAUCCCGGGCAUGAAAGUGCCAGGCCAGAUGAGAGUGAAUUGGAUAGUGAAAAAUAUGUAGCCACAAUCGAUUACUUCAUGGUCAAGGGAAACUCAAUCCGUCUAGACCAUCAAUUUUCUCUAUUUCCUACCUAUCACACUUUUCCAAUCGACGAAAAGAAAUUCCUCUGUGAAGAAAUUCUCUAUGUUUCUGACACCGCUACAGAAUCUCACUACAGUCGCAGGAAUCUUAAAAAUGCUGACGCACAAAUCGCCGGCCGCAUCAUCGUAGAUAUGACGUUUCUCCGCGACAAAGGUAUCAUCAAACCUGUAUACCCUGAAGAAGGUAUGGAAGGGAAGGAACAUUAUCGAGUUGAAUAUGAAUUAGUGGCCAAAGUCGAAGGGAGAGCGCUCAGAUAUGAGGCUAGAUAUCCAGCUGGAGAAGGUGGGAAAGUACGAGGCGAGGGACAAUUCAGUAUUGCGGCUGCUUCUAAGGAAGGAACUGCUUAG